GUUUGUCCACAUGCAUUGCCGCUUCAAGGCUCCUUGCCAAAACGAUGUUUGAUGAAAAUAAAAGAAAAUAUAUGCAGUGAGCUUUGAUAUGUUCGUAGAUGUUGCCAAAGAAUUGCCCUAUCGAUGUCAUUAUCUGGCUGUUUAUCGACUCCGUAUUACUGAUUUAUGUGACAUCGACCCGAUGAGUGAGUCGCACAGACAUAGGCAUUUCUUUUUGUUACAAAUUCUACUAAAUUGUACAUAAAUGCUACAAGAACAACUAAAUGUCUCCUUUCGCUCUCUUCAGCUAUACCAAUACCCACAACGACACCCUCUUCCGUGUUCACAACACCGCCUCCUGUAUCACACAUCAGCGUCUCUAGCAGCGGCACAACGUCAUCUACAGCAUCGUCCACCACACUUCUAGAUGCUGCAGGUACAGCUAUACCAAUGCCCACAACGACUACCUCUUCCGUGUCCACAACAUCGCCUCCUGUAUCACACAUCAGCGUCUCCAGCAGCGCCACAUCGUCAUCUACAACAUCGUCCACCACACUUCUAGAUGCUGCAGGUACAGAUCCUGGUACCACCAGAGACAACGUCACCUCUAUUAUAACGCCGAUCCUGGUGUCGUGUGUCGUCAUCGUCGUUGUGCUCUGUGUUACAGUAGUUAUUACCAGUUAUAUCAGGAGACAACAGGGUCCAAACCAUCAAGAAGAGAACAGAAACCAGUCUGAGAGGCACUAUGCUGGUCUUGAAUCCGGGCAUGUCGAUGGCGAUUACUCAAGUCUAAACAGUGCAUAUGAGGAAUUCCCUAAUACAUUGCCAGACCCUGCGCCCCCUAACACAACUGACAGCACUGGACACUCGCUCUAAGCUAAUGAGGGGAUCGAAUAACAGAAACUUGAACCCUGUUCGUGUGGUGUACGCGAAUGGUGCUGUACAGAUGGAAUAGAGACACGCCACCCUGCUAAACGAUAAUAUAAAAUAAUAGUAACACUAUCUGCGUUAUACUUAGAUGCGAAUCUCUGCAAACAUAUGCAAUAAUGAGACAACCUUUAUGAGAAGAAAGACUAUAAAUAAAUUGGCAAUUGGUUUACGUCGUGCGAAAUACAUCCGACAGACGAACAUAUAUUGUAUUUCGUGAGUAAACUUAGGUCUAAACAGUCAGUAGUGUUCAGUAAAUAUGUACAUAUGCAUGUUAUACUGUACAUAGAUAUAGAUUGUUGACAUGCGACUUUGUGUUACAAACACAAUAACAUGGAGACAAAAUCGUCACUACAGUUACGAAAUGCUGAAGAAAUCACACAACUUAUAAGGUUUGAAGAUUUUAUAGUGAAACUGGAGGCAAUCCGAUCGCAUAAAACUUUUCCUUGAAGGUGCAUAGUGUGAUUGUUGUAUGGCGGGGCAGAAAGACGUUGUCGACCUGAUCAUUGUAUUUUCUGAACAUUUCUUCAAAUGAUUUCAAACUUUGGGAAUAACAACUGAAGCCCGCAGUCUGCACCAGUUAAUACUAAACGUACAGAACAAUUGCUGGUAUAAGAAAACAUAUAUGGAAGUAAAUCCACCAUACCCUUUGUUUGUAUAUUGUGGAUAUCUGUUUCUUUAUGUAAUAACUAUUUUUGGCAUAGACUGUCAAUCUUUUUUUUUCUUUUUCACCUGUUCUGUAUUAUACACACUCUCCUCAUACUAUUUGUUACCAUGAUGUAUAAUUUAUGCAAACAACCCGACGUGAUUGAUUAAGACCUCUAUAUCUGUGAAACUGAUACACAACACUUUUCACCCGCGAGCUUUGGUAAGCAUAUAGGUCCCCAGCAACAGAGGCUUGUCGGAAGAGGCGAGGCGACUGAUGGGAUCCAGUGGUCAGGCCCGGUGACUGUUCAUUUCCUGUCACGUAUGUCAAAUGCGAGGAUCGAUGCUCAUGAUGUCAACCACUGGUUUGUCUGAUCUAGACUCGAUUAUUUACAGACCUGGAGUAUAACUGGAGUGUUGCGCAGUGCCUCGUUCAAAAACAAACAACAAUCAGCCUGCACACAUUUGUAAUCGUACGUUAACUAUAUUCUUCAUUAUCAUCUUUCACUCACAAUAAUACUUUCUGUUGCAUAUACCUUUAAUCAUGAACUCAGACACAAACUAUUGACAUACAACCAGCAAUAAACAUAAAUCAGAAAAAAAGUUUCUGUUUCUUAUUUGCUUAUUGUUCACUUAUUGUUGGAGCCAAAUGUAAAUACAAUUUUCAACAGAAAUUUCAGAUUUGAUUAGCAAUGAUUCCAGACAGAACCGUUGGAGUGGAAAGAAAAUCAGGACAUAUCAAAACACAGCUAAAACUUAAAGCUAAGAUCCCGAGCGAGCAGGCAUAAAAUAGACGUCGGGAAAUCGGAAAAUAACUUAAAAUGAAAACUAUAAUCGCUACUUCAUGUAUAUACAUGUAUUUAGAGACGCCAUUCCUGUCAUGUGCUGUUCAUUUGCAAUAAUUGAGGAAAAGGUCGGCUUCAAAUAAUUUAUUUCAUAUCCCUGUUGAUUUGACAAUAGUUGA